GGCAAGCGAGGGCAGUACAUGCUGUUAAUUGUAGCAUCUGCAUGACAGCUAACUGAUGUGCUUGAUGGUUGAAUGAAAUACGACCAGUUUCUAAUCUUAUACAUGUGACAUCGUACUUGCUUCGUUCCUGCCGUGUUUGUGUUUGUGUAAUGCAUCCUAUGCCUCGCAAGGUUUAGGGAAAAAGAGGUAUGCUUGAUCAAUGGGGUCACAGUUACCUAUAUUAUCCAUUCGCCAUUGGAACGAUAUAUUGAGCUUGGGGUUCACUCUUCUCAACUUUCUCGGCUUUCUACUACACCCAAAAUACACACAACACGAAACAUAAUAAUAUCGAACAUCGGAUACAAAACACCACAAAUCAUCUUGUCAGACAUUCGAACGCAUGCCUGAGGUUGAUAUUGUUGUCAUUGGCUCCGGCCUAAGUGGUUUGGCAUUUGCUAGAUUCUAUCUUGAUAUUCAUCCAGCAGCAGAACUAGUUAUUAUUGAAGAGGACAGAUGCCUUGGUGGUGUAUGGAGUCAAAGAAGAUCAUACGACAAUUUCUGGUGUCAAAGUGGCCGUCGAAUGUCUGGAUUCUCCGAUGUCCCUCUUACUGUUCCCGAAGAUGCGCCUCUAUAUCAUGAUACAUUCGAAGCAAAGUAUGUUACCAAUUAUCUCGAGGAGUAUGCGCAUAAUCAUAUAUACAAUGGAAAAACUAUGUUUUCUAGGAUAAAGUUCUACUGUAAAGCUGUCAACACCAAUAAAGUGAAUGAUAUAUGGCUAGUCACAACAGAGCUUCCAAUCUAUCUCAAACAAAAACGUCCAAGUCAGCCGCCCAUUGUCUAUACAUGUCGCAAGCUUGUUGUCGCUACUGGUCGUACUUCGCAUCCUAAGAUACCUUCAAUCGAUUGGGAACCGAGCAUGAGAUUUGUUCGUCAUCAAAAAGCUUUUGGAGAAUUAUCACAUCAGCCAUUACCUUGGGCCAGCGGUAUGCUAUUUUUUGCAGUUCUUGGCGGCGGUAAGUCUGCUGCAGAUAUGGUCUACGAGUUAGUUAAGAAAGGUCAGAACGUCAAAUGGAUUAUAAGAGCAAGUGGAGAGGGUCCAGCUCUACUUUUUCCUGCCCCUGGCCAUGGGCGCUACAAGAAUUCAGUCGAAAGCUCGGCAACUAGGCUCAAAGCACUCUUUAGUCCCUCUCCGUUUAUGCCAAACACUUGGUGGUCUUCCAUGAUUCGUAUCUUACUUUAUGGAACUCGCAUUGGAAUAAGCUAUAUGAUUAGGAGAAUCAGGAACGUUGAUCAAUAUUGUCGUAAUAUAGCAGGAUAUGAUAGCAGACCAGGAUCUUUAUCGGGAUUUAAGUUUCUUGACUUUAGUUCUUCUGCAUUUUGGUGUACUGGACCUGUGGGACUUGUACAGCACGAUGACUUCUGGGAAACGAUAUCUCAGAAUGUUCAAGUUUACCGGAAUGACGUUGUUUCUUACCAAAACAACAUCAUAACUUUAGACAAUGGCAAGCAGCUUAUAGCAGAUGAGCUAUUACUGGGAACGGGUUGGGAUCCCCAGCAACAAUGUUUUAGCGAUAUACAAGCUCAAUAUCUCGGUCUUCCCCACUUUGAGCCAAUGGAUAGUGUUGAAGAAAGAUCGUUAUGGGAGAAGCUCUAUGAGGAGGCAGAUCGUCGAGUCAUCGCCAAAUUUCCACUCCUUGAAAACCCUCCUCCACACCAGAAUCGUGCUUCCCCUGAUACAACAGUACAAAGACUAUACAAAGGUAUCGCACCACUUGGAGAUGAUUCAAUCGCAUUUCUAGGGGCUAUAGAUAUUUCCAAUUCUUUUCGUGCCGCUGAAACACAGGCUAUCUGGACAACAGCAUAUUUUGAUGGCAACAUAAAGCUACCUCCAUUGGAACAAAUGGUAAAAGAAGUCGCUUACAUGGGGGCGUUUUCGAAACGGAGAUAUCCUACUCAUGGUCAAAAGGGAGAAUGCUUCUUCUUUGAGCUUAUUUGGUAUACGGAUGCUUUGCUUCAUGAGGUUGGCUUGAGAUCGCAUCGGAAAGGAUGGUGGGCUGACUUAGUGGAACCUUGCCUUGCAUCGGACUUAAAGGAUAUAAAGGAUGAAUACAAGCAGAAGUUUGUAUUGUAAGCUCUCUGCUAGUCAUGCCAAGGGUUACUCAUUGGCUUUCGGUGGAUCAUGGGUAGGCAAAUAGUGCUUCUUCGGAUUUCUGUGAACACUUUUUGAGAUAGCUAAAAAUGGCUUCCACAACUUCUAGCUUCUCUUCUACCAAUUCGCCCAUGUAGGGACCACUUUAUAUAAAUUCCAUUCA